ACAUUCACAUUUUGCGAAAACGAAACAUCGAAGCCAUUUCGCUUUGUGAGAAGGCUUGGAUCGGUUUAGCAGCGCGCAUCAAUUUCGUGGCGUGUUUCUAGCGAAUUUACGGUAUCAACAGGAAUAUAUAAUCCAAAAUAAGAAAACCGAUACACUAAUUAUCUUCAGCAAAUCCCUGUAAGAACAUAGUUAAGCCACCUUCCUAUUAGCAACUAAUCGAUCGAUCGAUUUAUUGAAUUCGGCAUCCAUGUUUUCUAUUCUCCGUUGGAGAAUAGAUGAGUAUAGUGAUACUUCGGUUCAAUAAACGAUAGAUCAAUAAAUGGAAGGUUGCAUAAAUGGAACAAAGUGAAAAUCUGAAACAGAGUCAAGUUUGAAAAAAAAGUAGUUUGAAAAUUGGUGCUUGUAAUCUAAAGUCCAGAAAUGAGCAGGGAGAAAGUAUCUCCGGCUUCCGGUGGGCUUCUGCUCAAUGUCUGUGAGAAGUCAUCAAAAUGGACAGCGACGAAUCCAGGCCCGGAUCAUCGGCCUCUAAUAGUUCCGACUCGGACAACCCGUCCAGUCCGAGUGCCGUUAGCGCUCAAAAAGCACAAGACGAUAGCGCAGAUGUCGGAGCUUUUCGUUCUCGAUCCAGGUCGCGUUCGCAUUCCCGUUCCAGGUCACGUUCACGGUCACGAUCGCGAUCACGAUCACGAUCACGUUCACAGUCCCGUUCACCCUCGGGAUCCCGGUCGCGUUCUAACAGUCCAGCGUCGAGCCCUCUGGGAGCGAAGAAAAGUAGUCCAGCAUCGAGCCCGAAAAACUACGAUGAUGUACCAUCGCGCUCGAAUUCUCCUUCAUUUCGUAGUGCUGAAAAUUCUCGCAAUUCUCUGCCUCCGAAGUCUCCACGCAGUUGUAGUGGAUCGCCUGACGGACGAUACAAUCGAUCGCGAUCGGGUUCCAAAGAUUCCAACCGUUCCGAUUCAUCAGUGAAGCGACAUCGACGCCUGUCGCGACACUCUAGUGGAUCAAAUCUCAGUGAGAAACUGAAGGGCGAAGAGAUCUCAGAUUGUGAGAUGGAAUCCGAUCGCGAGGAUAAGGAUAAAAGUAACGAUGGCAAGGCUGAGGAAAGCGAAUUACCGUCAGGAACUAGUGGCGCGAAGGAUGCUCUUGAUAUGAGUCACGAAGAUCUGAGUGAUGUUAGUCUGGAGAGUGAAAAUGAACCAGAAAACGAAAAAGAGAGCGAUCGAGAAAGCGACAGGGAUGAACUUGACGAGGAAAACGUUGAACCCCCAAAGGAGCGAAUAGAUGACGAAGAGGAAGAAUCCGAGACACAAGAAAAUGAGAAGAUGAAAAUUACUGAUCUGCGCCAGAAGCUUGAGGAAAAGAAAAAUCAGCUUAGGAAUAUGGAAGACAAGCAACAAAUGAAUGGGUCGUCUAGAGGACAUGAUAACUUGUUGGACGGUGCAUUGAUGGAUAAAAAGAAUGAUGAGGAUGCUCUAGAUUUUGAAGCAGAGGAGGGUGAAUGCAAUGACCCUCCAAAAGAGGCAGAAAAGACUGAAGCUGGCAGAGUACCGGUGCAAGCUCCGGAAUCUGAAAAGAAGAAACUCACUGACGAUGAAUUGGAGGAGGGCGAAGAGCUAGAGGAAGGAGAGGUAUCCGAUGAAGACGAAAAAAGACCCGAGGAAACGGAGCCAAAACCGAUUUGUCGUUUUUAUACCCGUGGACAAUGCACGUGGGGAAUGAGUUGCCGCUUCCUUCAUCCUGGUGUGACAGAUAAAGGCAACUAUACCAUGUUCGAUAUGGUACGACCUGUUCCAAUCCCACAUCAGCCACCUCCAUAUGCUUCUCAUCCAGUUGUUUAUCCACCCGAUUAUCGCAUUGAAAGACCUCCAAUACAUCAUAUGGCACCGCAUCACUCCGUGGCAUAUGCUGCUUCGAGUGCUCUACCGCCACAGGUUCGCGCGCCCGAACCGUUAGGGGAAAGUGCGUGGGAACGUGGACUACGAACAGCUAAAGAAAUGAUGCGUAAAGCGAGCAAACGUAAAGAACAGGACAUAGACUUUGAAGAUAAGAAAAUGAAUCUUUCCCUAACUCAGGACGAGUUGGAGAAGGAUAAUUAUUACACAAGAGGAUCCCCUGAGUCACCGACAUACGCUGGACGGCCUGUUGUUGCUGCUGCUGCAGCUGGUGCAUAUGAUUAUAGCCCACCACCAACAGCGAAAUUCACUCGUGCCGGGCCUACAUUCGAGGAGGAUGCAUUCGGUCGAACCCCUCGGUAUCGGGAGCUACCGUCUCAUCGAAUGCCUCAAUACGAAGAUGAAGAUAUUUCGAAGCGUCGAAAUCGUGCCACCCGCGAAGUGAUUGUACAACGCGCCGACGAAUGGAACGACCCAUGGAUGCGUUCUAAAUCUCCAGGACGAGAAAAACGCACCAAUCGUCGGGAUCGACGCAGCUACAGUAACAGUUCAUCAUACAGCAGCUCGAGCAGCAGUUCCAGAUCCGGAUCCAGCUCUGAUUCUAGUCGGUCACCAACGCCCAGCACAAGACGGAACCGAUACGAUAGCCAUCGUUCAAAGGAGAGCGAUCGUCAUACCACGCAUGUACGAAAGGUUAUUCGUACACGAUCUCCCAGCGCAAGCCCUAGGCGUAACAAAUAUUCACCGGUUCGCAAAGUCUCGCCGGUUGCUGCUAAAAAGCGGAACACAUCACCACUUACGGAUAAAAGGGCUGUCGAAAAAUCAGUAUCCACAAAAAGGAAGAAGUCACCACCAGCGAGUAAAUCUACCGCUGAAAAACGCAAGCGACGCUCAAGCUCCUCUGGCUCCGGAUCGUCGGAUUCCAGUGAUUCUGGUUCUGAAAGUUCAUACUCAUCGACGUCGUCUACAUCUUCACACGGUAAAUCGGCGUCUAAGAAAUCGAAGGCACCAGAGAAGUCGUCGAAAGCUAGCGCGGCGUCUAAGAAAGUUGAGCUGAAGAAGUCCUCUGGCAGCGAUUCAAAACCAAAUGCUCAAGUCAUUCCACCAUCGAGUGCUGCUCUGGAAAAAGCCGCUGCGAGUGCCAACGCAUCGAAGAAAUCGUCCCGGAGGGAGGAGCUCCUUAAACAGUUGCGAGCUGUGGAGGAGGCUAUCGCGCGAAAGCGUACGAAAAUUGCGUAAUUCGUACAAAUAUCAUUGUUUAUAAUGCACUUCAUCGACAGCGGAAGCUAAUACUACUUUAUUUAUCACUGUUCUGUCAAACUUACAUCCCUAAACCAACAUAUCACAGAUGUUGGCUUGUAGCGUAAAACUAAAUAAGUUCAUUUCCGACAAGGUGAAUCGCCUGUUGUUGGGCGAUACAGAGAUCGACUAUAGUUAAUCAACCCAAUUUUUUAGCCUUAAACACCUUUCCAUAGGCCACAUGUAGUUGUGCUUGUGUGACUUCGACAGGAAUUUGUUUUUUAACUAAAUGAAAAAGAAAACAAUAAGUGAUACUGAUAAUAAAAAGAAAAAAAAAGUUCAACUAUCGUCAAA